AUGCCCGUUUGUUUCUGCGCUUACCUGAUUGGUUGGUAUUAUGAACCGACAUCCAGAUUAUUAGUGAUGGUAGCAUCAGAUGAUGCCAAAUUAUAUAUUUAUGAAGGAACAACUUUACUAUGGUCAUGCGGUCUUCUAGAUACAGCCAUAUUCUUAUCAAGAUGUUUCUUGAAAUCUUUGCCAGGAGGCUUAUUAACGCUAUCAGCCAAAGGUAUUAUUAGCGUAAGUUAUAUAGGUACAGAACCUGAUCUUAAUUCAAAUGCCGCUCCUAUGAUAAACGAAACUCUAGACCCAGAGCAGGUGCAGGCUGAAUUAGAAGCUGUUGAGGAGGAGCUACAAUCAGUCUUAGAGAGCAAGGGAGAAGUGGAUAAUCUCACAGUCGGAGUUGCUCAAUCGAUAAAAAUAAAAGCUGAAGUAGGAAAGCCAACUCAACAUUUAUAUCAAGAACAUGCCAAAGACAAUGAAGAAGCAUUACAUUUAGUUAUAUGUCCAGUGGUCGUUACGUUGUUUUGUGAAGACCCAAAUAUGAUUCAAAAUAUACAAAUCACUUAUUCCUGUCAACGCCCAUUUACUUGCUCAGAAUCCGUGAUCUCAUUAGACAGUAUAAACGGCACAGAAAUUAUAGAAUCUCAAGUUUUUCUUACGAAUGACACUGAAAUCGCUGAUACUAACGUUGAUAUUGUGUUUACAAUUACUGAUAAUAUGAAAAAGAUUGUUGUUUUGGAAAAGAAAGUUGUAUUGCCUAUAAGUUUGUAUUGUUUACCUGCGAAUCUUGAUACAGCGAAACUUUUAAAAAUUUAUGUUCACACGAAUCUCGUCAAUAUCAAUUUAAGUAAAAUAUUUUCAGGUAAGAAUGAAUUGAAUAUCCUACAAAAACAAUUCACAUUGGUACAAAAAAGGCUACUGGUUCAGUAUGGGUCACUGCCGCCUGGUAAUUGCGAUUCUCUAGAAUUUCUCAUGAGGGAUACACACACACGACUGGUUACAUUGGUUCACAAAAUCAUCGAGUGUAGAGAAAAUAUAUGCAGAGCCAGUUGCACUUUGGUAACCAUAGGUCGAUUGGUGAUCUACGUAUUCAAACAGUCUCCAUUGGAACCGUUCAAACUAAAACUCAUAGAAGAGGCGCUUUGCUUAAGCUCUCUUUAUGAUGAAUAUCAAGAAUGGGAAGAAGCGGUAUCACAGUCUGUGUCAUACAUUUUGAAUAAUGUAUUCAAGAACUCUGAAAAGGAUAAAGAGAAACUUACUCCGGUCGCCGACCAGGGUGUACUGUCGCAUAUAAACUUGAAAAGAUUCCUCAAACAGAUUCGUGUGCUUUUAGAAAAAUUGUAUUUAGAAGCUUACGGCGAUGAGGAAUCAACCAGUGAAGCUACUAAGGGAAGUCAAAUAACUCGUAUAGAAGAAUUUGUCGAAGUACUAUAAUAUCAAAAUAUUCAUUUCGUUUACCGACUUAUUAAAAAUACUCAACAAAAUUCAA